AGCCAGGACCCGAGGUUUCCCAGCAGAACAUUGCCCAGAACAUCACACUGCCUCUGCUAGCUUUUGCUGCCCACUCGCAUCAGUGAGCCUUGGGCGCCCUUGACCCUGUCACCAGUUCACCAGUUGACCUUCCAUGGGCCACUUUUGGUAGGUACAAGACCUGCCGUUUUGGCAAUGCUCAGACCCAGUUAUCUAGACGUCACAGUUUGGCCCUUAUCGAAGUUGCUUAGAUCCUUACACUUGCCCAUUUUUCCCCACCCGUUCUCUUGGUGCCUGAUAUACCCCACCCCUGGGUGCUGUUGAAAUGAAAUAAUCAAAGUUCUUCACUUCACCUGUCAGUGGUUUUACUGUUGUAGCUGAUCGGUGAAUAGUUGCAUUUAAUGUUGUAGAAUGAAAACACAUUCCUGUUCUCACUUGUGUUAGCAUGUUGUAACAGCUGUUCUUCCCUCACCUAUUGUGUGGUGUGUUUAUUUCUUUAUUUUUAUUUAUUUAUUUUAUUUAAAAAAACAAAACUUUUUUUUUAAUUAUAUAAAACAAAGCAAAAAUGCUGCUUGUCAUGUUACCGAUAGGGCCACAAAAAUGUCCUCUGUGCUGAUGUCUUGGCUGUAUCUGAAAACUUGUAGCUUUACCCCUGACUUUUACUGUGUUGACACUGGAGAUUCCUUUCAGAAAUGCUCCAUUAAAGUCUCCUAACAUAAACCCACUAGGCCUAAGAUGAUUUAUGCAUUGUAGCACCAAACAAAGGUUUCGGUCACUUUUCUGUCUGUAAAUUGUCCAUCACUGUGUAUGGGGCCAUGGUCUUGUGUCCUUUAUUCAUCUCCGUAAAUAGUCAUCAUAUUAACCUGUUGACUGGUGUUUAUCAGACUGGAGCCUGUGGUUUCCUACUCUGAACGCUGUUCAAGACAUGUUGACUUCAGGAGGCCCCACUCCGCCCUUCACCACCCUGUCAGUCACCCACCCAGCCAAUCACAUCACUCCUGUAGAGCUGCACCGACCAGAGAAACACAACGCCAUGAGCAAGGCCUACUGGAGUGAAAUGAUCGAAUGCUUUAAUCAGAUUGCUGAAGACUCAGAGUACCGUGUGGUGGUGGUCUCGGGUGCAGGGAAAAUCUUCACUGCAGGCACGGAUGCUGAUCACAGAGGAGAGCCUGAUGACCACGAUCGUCCGCACACUCCAUGAUCACCUGAGACAUCGAGACCAGCAGGGACGAUUUCAGUUUGAACUCUACAGUGCACAAAAGAUAUGUCCUGAUU